UUUUCCAACACCUGACUUUUAUUUUGUUAUGAUCUGGACCGGAAAGGGAGCGGUGGGACCAACACGAGCCGACUGAAAAUAUGGCGUUAGGAGAUGCCUGGAAACAAUUAUCUUGGUUUUAUUACCAAUAUUUGCUUGUAACAGCUCUUUAUAUGUUGGAGCCGUGGGAAAGAACUAUCUUCAAUUCUCUCCUGAUCACAGUGGCAGCUAUGGCCGUCUACACCGGUUAUGUGUUCAUGCCUCAGCACAUAAUGGCCAUACUACACUAUUUUGAAGUGGUCCAGUGACGUCACCAUCGUGAUCAUCAUGAUGCUCUCGACCUCCAUCUGGUGGCCGGAAACAUGAACUGCUCUUAAACUGUUCACCAUGAUGUCUGUGAUUUACUUCAAACAAGGACACUUGUGUAUGUUGAAAGAGACCAACGUUGAGGAGUGUGCUUAAGGCCUGUCGAAUUGUGUAAUUAUGUGUAAAGAGAGCACAGCCUGCAACUGCAAAAGCACACACUGCCCUUGCUAGAAAUGUAUCCUUUUAUAUAGUAUGACUUUUUUUGUUUUUGUUUUUUAAAUAACGCUUUUGUUUCGUUUCAUUCAGAUGAUAAAUAUUUUUUGAUAUAAAUGUGUAUAUUUAAUUGUAUACAUAUUUGUAUAGUUUUAUAGAGGUUUAUUUUGGCUGACCUGAAAUGAUUUGGUUUGCCAUAUAGCGGACGGAUGAAUUAUUGAUACUGUUUUUGUCACCACCGGAAAUCUAUUUUUAUCAGACCCUUGUGAGUUAUGCGGUAAAUAAUUACCUGAUGUGUGAUGUCAUUGUUGAUACUUCAGAACUGGUUUCUCAGGUCAUAACCCGGAAAAAAAUGCUUAAAUAAACUUGAAUUGACUUGACCUUUGGUGUUUGGUAUGACUUUGAGGCAUUUAUUCAGCACGUGCGCAGUAAAAUUCUGUUUCUGCCUCAGAAAACGUGUCUUUUAUUUUGUGAGAAAUUUUAACUAAAACAUAUUUUGAUCUAUAAAAGAGAGAGAUUUUUUUUAUUUUUUUUUUAA